GGUAUUAUAGAAAAAUCAAAAGUGAAAGGAAUUCCUAUCAUUAUUGAUGCCGAUGGACUGUGGCUCAUUUCCCAGCAGCCUUCUCUUAUUCAAGGCUACCAGCGAGCUAUUCUUACUCCAAACUAUAUGGAGUUUAGUAGACUGUAUGAAGCCAUGCUUAGAGACCCCGUAGACAGUAGUGAUCAUCAUGGAUGUGUAUUAAGACUCAGCCAAGCCAUGGGGAAUUUGACAAUUGUUCAAAAGGGAGAAAGAGAUCUUAUUUCAGAUGGAGAGAAAGUACUUGUAUGCAGUCACGAAGGAAGCAGCCGGAGAUGUGGUGGACAGGGAGACCUCCUUUCUGGUUCUCUUGGAGUCUUAGCGCACUGGGCAUUUCUUGCUGGAGCAGAAAAAACGAAUGGUCAAAAUCCAUUUCUAGUGGCUGCAUUUGGAGCUUGCUCUCUUACGAGGCAGUCUAACCACCAAGCCUUUCAAAAAUUUGGACGUUCAAUGACUGCCUCGGACAUGGUUUCAGAAGUUGGAACAGCUUUUAACAAACUUUUUGAAACCUGAAGCCAAAGCAGCUGAGAGGAAGAAAAGGAAGAACAAUGACUGCAAGAGUAAUUACAUUUACCGUAGAAUUUACAAAAGUAAUGCACCCUUUCAAGUGCUGUAGCAGCAUUGGUAUGCUAGGUAGAUUUUUUUUUUUAUUUUUAAGAAUAGAAAAAUAUGAUUAAUGUAGAUAUUUUUUAAGAGUUUGGAAUACAAAAAUGUUUUGGCUGAAAUAAGCUGUAGUUGCAGAUCUGUUAUAAUAUAAUAAAACUAAACUGAAAGUA